AUGCCUGGUGACCGCGGAUCCCGUUUCUGUCGUUUCUGCUUGAGACCUGGACACGAAGAUACGCAAUGUAACUUCCUCACACUUUGCCGGGGCCUAUAUGAACUUUCUCUCAUGAUAUCACACCAGCCUGGAACCAGAGUGAACCUCACGGAAACUCAAAGAGCUCUCGAUAGAAUCGUGACCCGUCGCAACAGAAACAGACGACGAGCAAUCAGACGGCGCGAGCGUGUUCGAGCAAGAAUGACAGAUGUUGCGAGACGUGGAAAUCAUGCUCUAAAUAUUAGCCGACGCGGUCCUAUACAUGCUGUUGCAACAACGCCCAGUGUUCCAUCAAGCAUGCUUAGACUGCCUGCUAUUCCCGCAGCUGCACUGACCUCUGGCCCCGCGAAUGCCCAAGCCAUUCCAGCGGAAGAAAUGACGUUGCCUGCGCACCACCUACCGAGCCUACCUGCCCCUGAGGCAGAGAGUGUAUCAUCUGUCCCAACUGCAACUAGUGACACUGACGUGACGAUGGGAGUUGAAGAGCUUGAAAUCAGUCCAAACGCUGUAGAUGCCAGUCGGUCACAACCUGCGGAUGAUCUGAUCGUUCUCGAUACGCUCGUCACAGCCGAUGAUUUCGUGGUGAUGAACUCAAGUCAGACUAACGAGAUAAUCGAAAAUCACUGCACAGAGUUGUUUACUAUUGUGUAG